AUGAAAUAAUAAUCAGAUAUAGCAAUAGGAAUUGAUUUGGGAUUGAAAUACUCCAGAGUUGGAGUGAUGAUAGAUGAUAAAUUUGAGCUAAUAGCCAAUGAAUUUGGGAAUAAAUUUACUCCUUCAUAUGUGGCCUUUGUAGAUCAUGAAAUACUCAUUGGUGAAGCAGCUUUAAGUUAGCAUACUAAAAAUCCUACUAAUACUAUAUAUAAUGUAAUGAGAUUGAUGGGAAGAAGAUUUAGUGAUAAAAUUGUCCAAGAAGAAAUUUUAAAUCUUCCAUUCAAAGUUGAAGCUGAUGAAUAUGACAAACCCAAGAUUGUUGUUUAAUAAAAGUAGGAACUAUUGAGGUUGCAUCCAGAAGAAGUAUGUUCAAUGAUUCUGAGUAAAAUGAAAACAACAGCAGAAAUUCAUCUAGGUCAAAAAGUGAAUUAAGCCGUUAAACAACCUCCUGCAAUUUGAAUUUCUGUUCUAAACGUGCUAUUGAGGAUGCUGGAUUGAUCUCUGGUUUGAAAAUCCUUAGAAUCAUAAUUGAUUCAACUUCAGCAUACUUUACUUAUGGUAUGAAUCUUUAAAAUGAAAACCUAAGAACAAUUUUAAUUUUCAAUCUUGGAGGAGGAUCCAUAACAGUUAGUGUUGGUGAUAUUGAGUUUUCAAUAAUAGAAAUAAAAUCAACAUGCGGAAACAGGGACUUGGGAGGAGAAGAAUUUGAUAAUCUCCUAGUAAAUCACUGUUGUAAGAUGUUCUAAGAAUAGUAUGGAAUUGAUUUAAGAUAAAAUGCACGAGCUAUGAGUAGAUUGAAAAUUCAAUGUUAAAAAUCUAAAGAAACCUUAUCAAGUGUAAAUAAAACUACUAUAGAGGUUGAGUUCAUAGCUUAAGAUAUAAAUCUUAGUAUCCAAAUAACAAGAUAAACAUUUGAAAUGCUUUGCUAAGACUUAUUCAAACAAUGUAUAGGUUAUGUAGAGUAAGUUCUUAAGGAAGCCUACCUAACCAAAAAUUCCCUGAAUUAGAUUAUUCUUGUUGGAGGAUCAUCUCGAAUUCCAAAGAUCUAGGAGUUAAUAUAAGAAUAUUUCAAUGGAAAAUAGUUGUACAAUUCAAUAGAUAAGGAUGAAGCUGCUGUUUUUGGGGCUGCUUUCAUGGGUGCACUUCUCAAGAAAUAAUCUUAAAAAUGUGGGAAAUGGUUGCUUCUUGAUACAAUUCCUUAUAAUUUAGGAAUCGGAAUAAAUGGUUAUUAUGAGUAUUAUCUGAUUAAAAAAAAUGCACAUAUUCCAGUUAAAGAAUAACAAAAGAUUAAGAUUUAAUAAGCAAAUGUAAAAUAAUUAGAAGUCUUGUUAUAUGAGGGAGAUAUCUAGAUGGAUAAAGAAAAUUAGAGAAAAUUAGGCCAUUUUACUAUAGAUACAAAUAAUAUUGAGUUAUAAGGAGAAAUAAAAAUAACUUUUUUAAUUGAUGAAAAUUACUAAUUGGUUAUAUCAACAGAAGAUCAAUUAAAACAUAAUGUUGUAGUGUAAUUUGAAUAGACAACUCUUUAAGAUGAAGAAAUCUAGAGAUUAAUUGAAGAAUCUGAGAGGUAAAAGAAUAUUGAAGAAGUUGUCCGAUAAAAAAAUGAAGCAAAGAAUAAAUUUGAAUCAUUGAUAUACAAUUACAAAAGAAUAAUCUUGGAUGAGUUUGAUCGUUAGGAAAAAUGGUUAGAAUCUCAUUAAGAUGAAGAUCCUCAAACUUAUAUUCACAAAAUAGAAGAUUUAGAAUUGAAGUUUCAACAUCAAGUAGAAUUGAUCAAAUAAGUUGAUUUAAAAAAUCAAAAACAUCCUUAUAUUUGA